AUGGUAGACAACACUGUGGCAGAACAGGAGCCUUCUUUGGCGGACGCCCAGGAAUCGGUCGUGGGUCAAGAUCUUGAUAUCCCGGAUUCAACGUCACAGAAACGGGCGGCUGAAGAUGAUUCAGAGCUGGAGAGUGGCGAGGCGACUGACGACUCAGACCAGGGUCGAACGUCUACCUUCCCUCGUAAAAGGGCAAGGCUAGAAUCGUUAGAUGCCAAGUCUGUUUCUGAUGACGUUGAUGAGGGCGAGAUUAUCGAGUCCAGCUCGAGUAGUGAUGAUGAGCAAGAAAAUGCCGAGUCAGAUAAAGAAGAGGAUGCAGAGGAAGAACCUGCACACGCGAUGUCUGAGCCGCCCAAGGUACCUCAAGGCUGGAACAAGGGUGUCAGUAGUGGGUUGAGGACGUCGUUUGGUGCUUCCUCGGGCUUGGGUUUGCCUAAGCUCAAGCAGACAGGGAAAACAAACCUCUCCUCUAGCUUCCAGGCUGCGAACGCCUCGCCGACACAAACACCAACAGCGGAGUCUGACAAGAGUGUCACAAACCCCUCAAACGACACGCGUGGAAACUCAGAAUCCCCAGCAUAUUCUCCACCGGAAAAUACUGCCGAUAUGGAUAAUUCUGAGCUUCCGACGCAGUCAAAGGCGGAGCGACAAGGGACCAAACCUCUCACGCUCGAAGAUCGCCAGAAAAUAGAGAUCGCCGUUCAAGCUCUCACACUAAAAGAGAUCAAACCGUUUGUUCGCGACAGACAUCCAUGGGCCCUACCAGCUCUCAGUUCUGACUUUCAGGUCGGAGUUGGCCGCUUCCUGAACUGGAGCCUGAAGUUCGAAGAGUGGUGCAGAGAUUUCCUCGCAGCCAACAAGCAGCACCUUCGCAAUUCGCCCGUUAAGGUUGAGCGAUUUGUUUGGGAUGCGUACCAACAUUAUACCGAGCAGCUUCCUACCCUGUCGAAGACCUUUCGCAAGAAUAUCAAGGCCGCUGCUACAGACUACAGGAGCCAGGGCAAACUACGUGGUCUUGUUAUCACAGCUCUAGGUGAUCCUCAGGUAUCGACACAAAAUGCACCAAAACCUGCAACCACUGCGCAAAUUGAGGAAGGCGAGGUUGAAUCGAUUCCUGAGAUCGCACGGCCCGUUGGAUCUCAAGACAUUGAGAUGACGGAAAGCCACCAUGGCCCCCCUCAGCAAGGCCACUCUCUGAUUCACCGCUACUAUCCGGGCAUUGCGGACGAUGCUGAGUUCUGUCUUACCUGCGCUUCACUGGGCCAUCGCGAGGAUGCUUGUCCUGACAAGACCUGCAAAUUCUGUCAAGAAGCACACUUCUUCUAUGAGUGUCCCUCGCGCCGACGCUGUGGGAAAUGUCAGCAACUCGGCCAUACAAAGGCCAGCUGCAAGGAGAAGCUGGCUCUGGCGCCUGGCGAGGAGGGUUUCAUUGAAUGCGCAUUCUGCCAGGGCGCUGACCAUUUCGAGGACAAUUGUCCUGAAAUCUGGCGAAGCUACCACCCGGAUACAGAUAGCAUUCGCAAGGUCAACAAGCUUCCCGUCUUCUGCUACAGCUGUGGCCAAGAGGGCCACUAUGGAGGAGACUGUGGUAUACAGGUUAACAGGUAUGACAACAAUCCGAAAGAGACCUGGACGAAGCGGAGUCUAGAUCUGUACAUUGAUCCCGAGAGCCCUUUCGUCGCGCUCGUCUACGAGAGUCCUCUUCCUGUUGUGACGGCAGCCCCUGACCGACCUAAUAUCCCUGGCCGAAGCAUCGUCCCGCAGACACACAUCUUCUUCGACGAUAGCGACGACGAAGCAGAGAACGCCUUCAUCAAGGCGCCUGUGCAGAGGCAGCAGGGUCCGGGGCAGAUUCGAAUCUCGUCGAACAUAGACUUCAACUCGCAGCCAAACGCACAGGCCUUCAACCCCCCUCGGGGCCCGGCGGACGACCAGAACGCGAUAGUAUUGCGAAACGGGAAGACCAAACGCGGACGGCCGCGCAGGCCAAAGCAGGCAGCCGAUGCGCCAGUAAACCCUCCCCUGCCACCCGGACCACCGCCGCCUGCACCGGUCCCGGGUCAUGCCACGCUUCCACCGCGUCCGGCCGGUCAGCAAAACAACAAUCCGAACCCCAAACGAGGCCGCCCGCGUCGUGACCAGCUGCCUGCAAGGGAUAACAACCAGCAGCAAAUGCAGAGCUUCUUCGGCCCCGGCGGCGGCCGUCAACAGGGACAGGGACAAGGGCAGGGGCAAGGUCAGAGCUACCAAGGCCAGGGCCCGCCACGCGGUGGAGGCGGCAGCAAUCGUGGCCGAGGAGGCUUUAGCAGCGCCUUAGGCGGAGGUCAACGACCCAAGCGCGGCGGCCGGGCAUAG